UGUCCGGCCGCCGGUGACGUCACUGGGGUCCGAGGCCAGUCGUCGCCGUGGCAGCGGUUGCCGAAGGCCGGCAGCCCAUUCACACCGAGGGCGAUGGAGGCGCUGGGGGAGGCCGGGCUGCACUUUGACGAGCUUAACAAACUGAGGGUCCUGGAUCCGGAGGUGGCGCAAAACACAAUAGAGCUGAAGGAGGAGUGCAAGGACUUUGUGGAAAAAAUAGGUCAGUUUCAGAAGAUUGUUGGUGGGUUAAUUGAGAUUGUUGAUCAACUUGCAAAAGAAGCUGAGAAUGAGAAGAUGAAGGCCAUAGGGGCCAGAAAUCUUUUGAAGUCAGUCGCUAAGCAAAGGGAAGCACAACAGCAGCAGCUCCAAGCUCUAAUCGCUGAAAAGAAAAUGCAACUUGAAAGAUAUCGGAUAGAAUAUGAUGCCCUGUCAAAGGUAGAAGCUGAACAGAAUGAGUUCAUUGAUCAAUUCAUUCUUCAGAAAUGAAGUGGGAAGGAGAGACACUAAAGAGAAAAGUAUACUCAACAAAACAAUGCAGAGAAGAUUUCAGUGGUUAUUCCAUUAUGCCAUUCCAUCAACAGUGGUUUUACACACAGUGCAUUUUUGAAUUGCUAUUUCAGUGAAUAUAAAGCAUAUAUUUCUAUAAUGCAGAUUUAUAUGUGGUUGUUUUGGACCAUAUCAGCAAUUUUUACUGCACAAUUUUAAAAUACACUUUUUAGGAUACAAUUUCUGAAAGCAUCAAACAGUAAAUAUUGUGUAAAUACUUUUAGCACUUGUUUUGUAUAUUUUAUGUUAUAGCUAAUAAAUCAAUCUUGCAGCAUG